GAGCAUAUUUUUGUCGCAUGCAUAUAAAUGUACAUAUAAAAUAAUGUAACAUUUCGUAAUUUCAGGUAUAUAUGCACAUGGGCGAACUGAACAAAGCUAAGUACGAUUUUGAAAAGGCUCUUGAAUAUGAUCCAAACUUUAGCAUGGCAUGCAUACAAAAAUGCUAUACAGAUUAUUGUAUUGCGAUGUUAAAUAAAGAUGUAAGAUUAGUUGAAGCGGCUGUGAGAGCUUUCGAGAAAGUUUUGGAAAAAUAUACAAAUCUUCCUGAAUGUAUAUGUUGUUAUCAAUAUUAUCGUACGAUGAUGUCCGAAACUCAACAGUACCAAAAAGCUCAUAAUUAUUUUAUUAAAAUAAUAAAGAAACAUUCGGAUGACACAUCUAUGUCUUUGGUUUAUCUGCAGAGGGCCUUUUUGCAAUUUGAUUGGAACGAUUAUUCUGAUAAAGCUGUGGAAUAUCUUAAAAAAGCGAUAGAAUUGGAUGAAAAGUGCAGGUCUGCAUAUGAAGCGUUAGGAUUCGUCGAAAUAAAAAG